AUGAGUCCUUUAUGGAAUUAUGGCAAAAUCUAUUGUAGUAAAAUUACAAAGCAGUUCAUAUUGAAUAAGUUUCCGAAGAUAGAGAGGAUUGUGGCAUUAGAGUUUAAUCAUAUCUAUUAUUUGAAUGUCCUGAGUUAAGAACUUACAGAUAAACUUGAUGAUGAGUUUACAAUUGAAGUGGUUCUAUUUUCAGCAAAUCACAUUCCUGGUUCUUCCAUGUUUUUGUUUCGAGGAUACAUGGGAACCAUUUUGCAUACAGGAGAUUUCAGAUUCAACAGGAGUAUGAUUACUGACAAUCCCAUCUUAUUCCCUAACAACGAGGCAAUCUAAAUUGAUGAACUCAUAUUCGAUAAUACAUAUUGUGAUCCCAUGUUUAACUUUCCAACUGCUGAUAUCGUAGCCUAACAAAUGAUUAACAUCAUCGAGAAUAAUAUCAAAAAAAGAGUAUUAAUAGCGAUGGGAGCUUUGGGAAAGGAGGCCAUUGUGAUGGAGAUUUGCAAGUACUUUAAAACUAAGAUAAUUGUAAAUCAAGAGAAGUAUAAUCAAUUAAUUGCUAGUUCAACUAAAAAUAUUGAUUUGUUUACGACAGACAAGAAAGGUAAUUGGUAUUAUAGAAGUCACAGAGAAUAAAUACUUUAACAAUACAUUGAAUCGGGAUAGUAGAAUUUUAUUUGUAUAAAUACUGACUUUUUGAUGCAAAGUCAUAGAGAUCCAGAUGGCAUCAAUUAUAUGGUGCCAUAUUCUCUGCAUUCAAACUAUCUUGAAAUGAGAACCUUUGUAAAUUCCAUCAAACCAGCUAUUUUGAAAAAAUUAGUCAUACCCUAUGAGAAUUUCGCUGAAUACAGGAGAAAAGUGAGAAUAAAUCCAGUCAAAGGUUUUUAAGGUUAUUUAAAGAGAUUAAAAACAAAUGGGGAAUCUGGUUAUUCGACUUUGAUCAGAGAAUGCACAGAUUUUACAAAGAUCUCUAAGAAUUAUACUAAUUGGAUGACAGAACCAAAAUUUCGUGGUUUGAUGGAGAAACUAGGAGUGUAAUUGGAGCCUGAUAGGAAGAAUCGAAAAAGAAAAGUAGAUUAAGUAAUGCCCAAGCCGACCAUCAAGUAGUGUAUUAGAGAGUUGGAGAAGCAGUGUAUCUAUUCAAAGAAACCAGAGAAAGUAGAUUCCUUAGAUGACAUCUCAAAUAGAUUGAAAGCAACCAACAACAAUCAUUACAUUACGAAAUUCCUUAAGAAGCCCCAGUAGAGUUAAGAAGUCGAGCGGAGGGAUGAAGAUGAGGAGAUUUUUAGUAUCAUUUAAGAGUAUUUACAUUUUCAUGAUGAUGAUGCGUGA